CAUGGCGCCCGCACUGGCCGCGCUCAUUCGCAUGUCGCAAGUCACAAGCAAAUCUCGGGACCAGAUAACCACCAUGACAAAUGUCCUCGCCAGUUGCCUCAAGAAAAGGACGACUUGGAUAUCGCCGUUCGCAACGCCUCCUCGGCUGAUCGUGGGCUUUCCCCCGUAUGCCGACAGCGUAGAGCGACUGGAUGCCUUCUACGCCAAGUUCCCGGUGUCGCAGCAGCUGAGCGCCGCCUUUUUUGCCGACUGGCUGGCGGCGGCCGACGAGCGUGCCUCGCGCCUGUCCCUCGACCAGGACCACGUGGACGUGUUCGGGCUGGACGUCGAUGUGGGCGCCGACGGCACGGUCAUCGUGCCGGCAGCCCUGUUCGCGCUCCCCUUCUUCUUGCCUGACGGUCCGGUGGCGCUCAACGUGGGUGGGCUGGGACACUUGAUCGCGAGGCGGCUUGCUGAGAGGUACCUCGUCCCGAACUCAGUCCUGCCCGCUGGGUGCCAAGCCUCGGCCUCUGGCAGCCAAGACGACUGGGUCCUGCAGAACCUACUGGCCUACUCCUGCAUAGGUGACGCUCUGUCCGCGUUGAACGGAAGCUACCAACGCCGUCUACCUCAGCUCGCCGGGCUGAAACCGGAGACGAUCAUGUACACCGUCGGCUGCCUGAAGGAUUGCAUCGCACAGCCUAGUGGACCGGGCCGCUGCAUUGUGUCGUCGCAGCGGCUGAAAGCGUUCGAGGACGCGUUCUCGUGCAGUUUGAAAGGACAGCAGGGCCUCAGCUGCACGUUGUGAUAUCUUUCA